UAAUUGGGUGACAAUAUACAGUAAUCACAAUAUGACUUUUAAUGUUAAAGAAUAUAUAAGAUUAUACAAUUCGAUAAUCAAUAAUGGUAGUGAAAGUAUCAGAAAAAUACCCGUGUAUAUGUAACUACAAAAAUACAGAGCAUGUAUUUAUUUUAGUUUUUUUUUUUUUUUUUACAUAUAAAAAGAAAUCAUUUUGUUGGAAUACAUUUAGAUUUCUACUGAAGCUGAAGCAUGGUGUUUAAGGUAGGUUCUCUAGUCUUCAAGUUUUCUGUUGUACGAUAUCGCAGAAUGACUCAGUGAUCCAUGUGGUUUCUCUUUUGAGUUCGAAGAAUCAACUGCAGGCUUUCUUGGUUCACAAUCACAGAGAAGGCGGCUCAGAUUCUUAUAUGAUGUUUUCUGGCCGAUCUUCUAUUUCAAUUCCCGCAAUAUCUGCUGCAACAGCGCUUGCCAAAGAAACCCUUCUCCUCCUCCGUUCUGCUUCUUCUCGGUUCGCGACGUCUGUGUCUCCCGACUCCGAUAUAUCCGACAACGAACAUCUGUAUACACCGUUCGUAAUCCAAGACAAAGAUCUUCUUCGCAAAACCCUGCAAACUCCAGGAACUGGCCUACAUGUUCUUGACCUCAUCGACCGAGGUUCCUUGGAACCCGACCGAACCAUCUACAACUUGUUGCUCAAGAAGUGCACCUCCUUGAAGCGACUCAAGGAAGGGAGAAUCGUUCAUUCCCACCUCCUUAAUUCGCAGUUCAAAGGUGAUCUUACGAUGCAAAACACCCUGCUCAAUAUGUAUGCAAAGUGUGGAAGCUUGGAGGACGUACGCGGACUGUUCGACGAAAUGCCUGUGAAGGAUUAUUUCACUUGGACUGUCUUGAUAACUGCGUAUUCUCAGAAUGAUCGACCUCAGGAUGCUCUGGUUUUGUUUCCUCAGAUGAUUAGGCUUGGGUUGGAACCGAAUGAGUUCACCUUGUCUAGCGUGAUGAAGGCAGCUGCUUUUGGCCCUACGGAUAGUUAUGGUAGGCAACUCCAUGUAUUUUGUCUCAAGUAUGGUUAUGAUGAAAACGUCUAUGUAGGCAGCUCUCUUUUGGACAUGUAUGCUAGGUGUGGUCGUAUGAAUGAUGCACGGUUGAUAUUUGAUAGUUUGGACAGCAAGAAUGAGGUUUCUUGGAAUGCUUUGAUUGCUGGUCAUGCUAGGAAAGGUGAGGGAGCAGAGGCGCUUGGUGUUUUCUGGAGGAUGCUAAGGGACGAUUUUGAGCCGACCCAUUUUACCUAUUCCAGUGUCUUUGGUGCUUGUGCCAGCAAUGGGUUUCUGGAACAAGGCAAAUGGGUUCAUGCUCAUAUGAUUAAAUCCGGAGGAAAACUUGUUGCUUUUGUAGGGAAUGCACUAGUAAACAUGUAUGCAAAAUCAGGGAGUAUUAACGAUGCUAGAAAAGUUUUUGACAGGUUGGUUAAACAAGAUGUGGUUUCUUGGAAUUCCAUGCUUACUGGUUAUGCCCAACAUGGACUAGGGAAAGAAGCUGUGCAGUGGUUUGAAGAGAUGUUAAAGAUUGGAAUUGCACCUACUGAUGUUACGUUCCUCUGUGUACUUACUGCUUGUAGCCAUGCUGGUUUUUUAGAGGAAGGACAAUAUUAUUUUGAUUUGACGAAGAAGUACAAAGUAGAACCACAGGUUUCUCAUUAUGUGACAAUUGUGGAUCUUCUUGGUCGUGCUGGUCUUCUUGACAGGGCUGAAAGGUUUAUUAGAGAAAUGCCAAUAGAACCCACUGCAGCUGUCUGGGGAGCGCUGCUCGGUGCAUGUAGGAUGCAUAAGAAUAUGGAACUUGGUACAUAUGCUGCUGAACGUGUUUUUGAGCUUGAUCCCCAUGAUUCAGGUCCCCAUGUGCUGCUUUAUAAUAUCUAUGCCUCUGCUGGUAGAUGGAAUGAUGCUGCAAAAGUGAGGAAGAUGAUGAGAGAGUGUGGAGUGAAGAAAGAACCUGCUUGUAGCUGGGUAGAAAUAGGGAAUGCAAUCCACAUGUUUGUGUCGAAUGAUGAUGCUCAUCCCCAGAUAAAGGAGAUCUAUAAGAAGUGGGAGGAGAUCAGUGAAAAGAUCAAGGACAUAGGAUAUGUUCCAGACACUAGUCAUGUGCUUCUCUUUGUGGAUCAGCAGGAGAGAGAAGCGAAAUUGCAGAACCAUAGUGAGAAGCUUGCUUUGGCAUUUGCGCUUCUCAACACUUCUCCAGGAUCAACCAUCAAUAUCAAGAAAAACAUCAGGGUUUGCGGAGAUUGCCAUUCAGCAAUCAAAUUUGUGUCAAAGUUGGUGGGAAGGGAAAUUAUUGUGAGAGACACCAACCGUUUCCAUCAUUUCCAUGAUGGCUCUUGUUCUUGUGGAGACUACUGGUGAUGCUAGUAAUCAGAACCUAAUCAGAUAGAAUUUCUGCAGAUUGAGUAGUUUGUAUGGAUGAGGUCAUCAAUGCUAAUGACAUGGAGCAACUUGCAUGUUGGCCUCCUGGCCUGUGCUGAAGACCCCUUCCAUCUUCCAACCAAGAGGGUACAUAUUUAUUUCAUGAUAGCUGAGGCCAUCCCUAGAAAAUUUCUGGGAAAGAAUGUCCGCCAGCCCAAAAAGCAGGAGCGAAAUGCCGGGAAAAUCAAACAAUAUCUGAUUCAGACACGAAAUCCCAGAUGCUGCCAUUCCUCUUGCUGACAAUCAUCAAAUUUUGAUGUGCCAAAUGAGAUUUUCUGAGAAGCUAAAAUAGAAAUCCAUAAAAAUCCUGAAAAGAUAAACGACGAUGAUAUUCUUUCACAUCCAAACGGAUUAAACCAUCUUCCAUAUUUAAAAUAUAAAUCGUGAACUGGAGAAUCUUGUAUAGCAGAAAGUAAUCAAAGAGUUUCCCAUAUUACUUUUAUGGGGAUUAUACAAUUCUUUGAAUUAUGCAGCCCAUUUGGAGUGUGUAGAUUUAAAUGGGAAAAUAUAUAUAAUAUAUUAUAUUAUAAAUAGAUUUUGGUGUUUCCAUUCACGCUGGCCUUUGAGGAAGUUGUUACACCUGCAGACAAGUCGUGUGUGUUGAUAAAAGUGAACUGCUUUGACGAAUUCUGACUGCUGUGAUAACUGAAAUGACCAUGUGUGGGUUGGCUUUAUAUGGUGUAAAGAUGUCAAAUACUCGAGUUACCUGCCUGGAGAAGAGAAGGGAGGAAGAUAAUGGCGACACAGCUACUGUUCUUGACCUUCAAUUCUCUCUAUCUUCUUUUCCGUUCAUUUUUUUUUUAAAUAUUUAUUUAUGAUUAUCAUUGAUAAUAAUAUUGAAAUCUAUGAGACGGUGAUGGUUUGUCCUUUGAUGGUACUGAUGUGGCAGAAGCAGAUAGAUAGGAGUAAGUGGUGGAGGGUUUUGCGUGGAGAGAAUGCCUGGUGGCUUCCUGCUGCUAAAAAUAGGGUGGAAUGGGAAGAAAGACGAGCGGAUCAGGACUCAUCAAGAGACAAAAGCCACGCAAAAGAAGGAAACAACCCGCUGUUUUCUUAACCUACUGAGAAAAGGAGGAAGACUAAAGUCAUGGAGAAGGAGAAGAAGAAACGAGGAAGAGAAGAAGAGAAGAGAAAUCUCAUAGAAAAGAAUGCCAAGAAACAGGAUCUUACUCCGAACAGAAAUAUUACCUUCAACUUCAACGACAAGUACUACCCUCAUGAUGACUGUGACAGCUGCGAUUCAUCAGACGAUCAUUCAGCCUUAGGAGUGUUUGAUUUCCCGUGGCUGCACGAAGGCAUGAUCUCCAAAGCAGAGGACUGGACUUUUGAAGACACCUUCUCGUCAUCACUCAAUGACCCUUGCAGCCCGGCUGGUGGGAUGGAAUUCACAAGGCAGUGUUUGUAUGAUUCUCCAAAGAUAAUACCCACAACAUGUUCUCAAUGCGAUCACAAGUUUGAGGAAAAAGUAAUCUGGCCAUUGAAAAGUGACGGUGAAUUGGAACUGGAGGGUUUUGAUUGUGUCUGGAACUCUCUGGUCAAUCAGAGCCUUCUAUAGUGUGAAUAGCAGAUAUACGAAGCUUGAAAAGAGUUGAUUAAUGGAACGGGAUAUAGAACCAAGAAGAUGGUCUUGGACUGAGAAAUUUAUCACAAGGAUAAAAAGGUAUCUUUGUAGAAUUUGGUCUUCUAUAUUUCUAUAUUCUGAGAAUUUUAUUAUAUUUUUGCUCAAACCAUUAUUUUUUUCCCCAUCUAACCGUGUCUGUAAACCAGGACAACCAUUAGGUCAAAAGCAAGGAAAGAAUUAAACUUGUGCUUGAACUUUUUUCCUUGUUUUCUAGGAUUAUAACCUUAGUAAAGACUUAGAACAUGAGCUGGUUGAGAAUCCCCAAUGAGGGGAAUUGCCAAUCUGCAAAAGAUGACACUGGCAAACUUGUGGUUGAUUUAUUACCAGCUUUCAUCAACUCUGAUAUGUUACUGGUCAGACUCUGUUUGGGAGAGGGGAGGGGAUGAUGUUAUUUUCUAUUUUUGAUUUAUUUAAUGUAAAAAAAACAAUGUACAUGUUUCCCUUUAUAGAUGUUUUUGUUGAUUAAA